CUCACUAGUGCGCGUGUGCGCUCCGCGCACGUUCGCCUGGCGGAUCUUCCGCCGCUUGAUGAGCUCACAAUUGAGCUAUGAUGUCAGCGUGCGCGCCGCGGACCUUGCUCCUCCUCCAGACCUUCGCACGCCAACGCGCGGCAACUGGGGGAUCCAGACGGCUGUUUUCACGCGCCACCUUUCGACGGGAGGCACUGCUCAGGCGGGUCCUUUCCCGCCCCCAGGACCCGGCCCCUGCCCCGCCCCGUAUUUGUGCGGCGCCAGCUGGCCAGGCCGAUUCCAGCGCAGAGAGGCUGGACUUGUAGGCGCAGCAGCUCCGGAGGCGAGCUGGGGACGCGACCAGGGCUAUGCUGGGCAAGGAUUACAUGCUGGCCAUCAUUCUGGUCAACUGCGAUGGUGUGCACAGAGGGUCCCGAUGGGAGGAUCGGGAGCUGAGGGGGGACGAGGGAGCGCGAAAGGCUACCCCAGCCUGAAAGACAGGGAGGGCCGUACGUCUCGGAGUGAGGACCAGGGAACAAAUGAACCCCGAUCUUUGCACUGCAGUAUCCAAGAUGACUUGUGGGGGGACCAGAGUCUGGAGGGGGAGCCAGGUUUGCCCCCUGGCUGGAGGAAGAUCCGCGAUGCUGCAGGUACUUAUUAUUGGCAUGUACCCAGCGGUAGCACCCAGUGGCAGCGCCCAACCUGGGAGUCAGGAGAUGCAGAAGACGCAGGCACGAAGACGGAGGGAAUUUGGGGACUUCGGCCCCCCAAGGGGAGAUCCUUCUCCAGCCUGGAGAGCUCACUGGACCGGAGUAAUUCUCUGUCCUGGUAUGGUGAAGAAUCCUACAUCCAGAGAAUGGAGCCAGGGGCUAAGUGCUUUGCAGUCCGCUCUCUGGGCUGGGUAGAAGUACCUGAAGAGGACCUGGUACCAGGGAAGAGCAGUAUUGCUGUCAAUAACUGCAUCCAGCAGCUGGCCCAGACCCGUAGCCAGAGCCAGCCCCCAGAUGGUGCCUGGGGCGAGGGCCAGAACAUGCUGAUGAUCCUGAAGAAGGAUGUGAUGAGCCUGGUGAAUCCCCUGGACCACAGUCUGAUCCACCGCCAGCCUCUGGUGCACAUUCGUGUAUGGGGUGUGGGCAGCUCCAAGGGCCGGGACUUCGCUUUUGUGGCGGGUGACAAAGACAGCUGUAUGCUCAAGUGCCAUGUGUUUCGCUGUGACGUCCCUGCCAAGGCCAUUGCCAGUGCCCUACACGGGCUCUGUGCCCAGAUAUUGUCAGAGCGAGUAGGGGUCAGUGGUGAUUCCCCUUGCUGCUCACUAGACCCCAUCUCCCCUGAAGACCUGCCUCGACAAGUGGAGCUACUGGAUGCGGUGAGCCAGGCUGCUCAGAAGUACGAGGCACUGUACAUGGGGACCCUGCCAGUCACCAAAGCCAUGGGCAUGGACGUGCUGAACGAGGCCAUUGGUACCCUCACCACCCAUGGGGACCGGGACACCUGGGUCCCUGCCAUGCUCAGCGUAUCUGACUCUCUCAUGACUGCACAUCCCAUUCAGGCAAAGGCUGGUGCAGAGGAGGAGCCACUGUGGCAGUGCCCUGUGCGCCUCGUGACCUUUAUUGGUGUUGGUCGUGACCCACACACCUUUGGCCUCAUUGCCGACCUGGGCCGUCAGAGCUUCCAGUGUGCGGCCUUCUGGUGCCAGCCCCAUGCAGGGGGACUCUCCGAAGCUGUGCAGGCUGCUUGCAUGGUUCAGUACCAGAAGUGUCUUGUGGCCUCUGCGGCUCGAGGCAAGGCCUGGGGUGCCCAGGCCCGUGCCCGCCUGCGGCUCAAGCGGACCAGCUCUGUGGACUCCCCUGGAGGUCCCCUGCCCCUCCCCCUGCUCAAAGGAGGGGUUGGGGGUGCAGGGGCAGCCCCUCGAAAGCGGGGCGUCUUCUCUUUUCUUGAUGCCUUCCGGCUGAAACCCUCUCUGCUCCACAUGCCCUAAAUUAAUCGGGGAGGACUGGGGAAGGAGGUUCUGGGUCCAUGCCCGACUCUGUACCCCUUCAUUCCCCAGGGGCCUGCAGCCUCUCGCCCCUUGGAGCCUUCUCUGCCUGCCCCAGUGACCCUUGCCCACCCUCUAUUUAUUGCCCAAUUUAUUGUUUAUAUGGAUGAUUGAGAGGCCCUGUACCACAGCCUAGGCCCCGGGCUCUCCUCUCCCUGGGUCCCUGUGUUCCUUGCCCCUGUCCAGCCCUGGACAGUUGGCUCUACCUCAGCAACACUUUAUAGCAAAAUCAGUACAAAUAAAAAUCCCUCAGUGACCUCACUGGAUGUGAGUAUAUUGGGCCUGGGACUGGGUUGGGAGUUAACCUGUAUGAGAUGAGUGUCUGCGUCUGUGCUUGGUGUUGGUGGCUGCAGGUAGUCACAUAAGGGCAUGGGAGUGUUGGAAAAAUGACUUCACUUAAGAAAUAUAUUUUUAUGUAUAUAUAGGCACUAGGCACUAAGGUCGGC